AUGACAAAUACAACCAAUCCAAAUGGUGAAAGUGGAACUAUUGGAUACAAGCGUGACACUAAAUGCAGGAUCUUCGUAAACAGAAGUCUUCGUCUGGAUUCUAUCCGUUUCUUUGGUUUUGAUAUGGAUUAUACACUUGCUCAAUACAAAUCUCCCGAUUAUGAGGAACUGGCUUUUCAAAUUUGCCGUGAUCGUCUGGUUGCAAUCGGAUAUCCCCGAGAAUUGCUUUCUUUUAAUUAUGAGGCUUCAUUUCCCAUUCGAGGUCUUUGGUUUGACACCCGUUAUGGAACGUUUUUAAAACUGGAUCAAUUUGGAAACGUAUUGGUUUGUCUUCGGGGAUUUAACAUAAUUACUGCAGAAGAACUAACAAAACUGUACCCUAAUAAGUUUUUGAAAUACGAUGAAUCAAGAAUUGUCAUUAUGAACACACUAUUCGAUCUUCCAAAAAUCUAUCUUCUAUCUUGUGUCAUUCAUAUGUUUCAUAAUGAUGAUAAAUACUUGAAAACGGAGAACGGAAUUCAACUUGAUUCAAUCUAUAUGUCUUAUCAUUCUAUUUUCGACGACGUUGAUUCGGUUCUUGAUUGGAUGCAUCAAGGUGAAAUUCGUCCAUGGACAUCUUACUUUGACUUCAUUCUUACUGAUGCCAAGAAACCUCUCUUUUUCGACGAAGGUACGAUCCUUCGAGCUGUGGAUGAAAAUACGGGGCGUCUGUCAAUUGGUCAUCAUGUUGGUCCCCUUCAAACUGGCAAGAUUUAUUCUGGGGGUUCCUGUGAAGUCUUCACUAAAUUAAUCGGUGCCCGAGGCAAGGAUGUUCUCUACACCGGGGACCACAUUUUCGGAGACAUUUUGCGCUCCAAGAAGAAGGUGGGUUGGCGCACCUUCUUAGUUGUUCCAGAACUCACCAAUGAGAUUUACGUGUGGAAGAAGAAAAAGGAUCUCUUCGAUCAACUUCAAUAUCUCGACCACAAACUUGCCGAUGCUUACAAUUAUUGGAAAGUUGCUCAAGAAAUGGAACGAUCUUAUGGUCUUUUGGGAAGCAUCUUCCGAUCUGGUUCCCGACACACCUUCUUCUCAUCACAGGCACUGCGCUACGCUGAUAUCUACUCCUUCAGCUGUUUCAAUCUUCUCCAUUACCCACUGUGCUAUAUGUUUCGGGCACCCACUAUGUACAUGCCACAUGAAUCCACUGUGUCUCACGAGGAUUCUCACGUCGGUUCAUUUGCCGACCUCGAGCAUGUUCCUUGCAGUCUCCGACGUCGCUCCUAUGCAAGUAACGGAACACAUUCAGGUUAG